AUGAAGGGCGGUGGUGGAUGGUCCCCCUGUCUUAGAGCCCUGGGUGGACAAAGGGGCUUCCAGAAAGACAGGAGCAGGAUGGCCAGUGGAAAUGGGCUUCCCUCGUCCUCCACCCUGGUGGCCAAGCGCCCCUCCGCCCUGGGACCGUUUCCCAGAUACAUCUGGAUUCACCAGGACACCCCCCAAGACAGCCUAGACAAGGCCUGCCAUGAGAUCUGGAAGAGGGUUCAGGGCCUGCCCGAGGCCUUGCAGCCCUCGACCUUGAAGGAGCAGCGCUCUGCCCCCCUGGCCGGAACUCCAACAGACAACGGGCUCAGCUUCCAAGAAGAAGCUCUGGAGUUCAGCAGUGGCAAAGACGAGAUCUCCCUGCUGGUGGAGCAGGAGUUCUUGAACCUGACCAAAGAGCACCUCAUCCUGGUCACAGAAAGCGCGAGGGAGCUGGAAGCCCCCGGCAGCUCUCCGGAGGGGCCUGGACAGCCAGCGCCCUGCCUCCUCACGCCUCCUCUGGUGGCAGGCAGCAGGGAGCCUCCGCAAGCCUCUGCCAUUGCCGGCGACAAGCUUCUGGAGCCCAAGGUGGCCAUGUCCAUUUUCGGCAGCAGGCAGGACUGCGAUUCUGCCAUGACUACGGUCACGGGCAUCCUACGUGCUGCCAAAGUCAAGCGUGCCAAGGGGACAGAUGACGGGGACCACAACCUGGGUGCCUCCAACUCGGAGAUCAGCAAGCUCCUGGCCCAGUUCCCCCUGAAGUCCAAAGAAACAUCCAAGGCCCCCGACAACAAGGUGAUGCUGGAGGAGACCCGUGUCAUCAAGGAUUUCCUGCAGAACAGCAUGUUCAGUGGCCCCCUACCCAGGGAACCCACGGGGCUCCGCCCGUUCCUGCUGCCGCCACCCUCGCCGCCUCCUGCGCCCACCGACAAGCUCCUCGAGCUCCCUGUUCAGAAGAGGCAGCUCCCAGUGUUUGCCAAGAUCUGCUCCAAGCCUGAGGCGGACCCCAACUUGGAGGGGCACCACUUAAUGGAACGGAGCUCAGGCACCAAGGAGCCAGCCAAGGGUCGAGAGAGCCUCUUUCUCAGCCGGUGGCCCCCGAGCCAGAAGGACACCUGUGGCGAGGAGGGCUGCAGUGAGCCCGUGGGCUCCAUGUCCGUGGCCCUGCCAGCCAAGAAGUCUGCGUGGCCCACUGAGAAGAAGACUCUGCUCUACGAGUUCCUGGGGGCCGCCAAGAGCCCAGGCGGGCCCCUGAGGCUGCGCAGCAGAGAGGCGGACGGGCUGGAGCUGAAAUUUAACCCACCUGUGACAACGGCAGACAAGAACAACCUCAAGUACACAGGGAACGUCUACCCCCCACGCUUUGCCACCACCAUGACCUCAGCGUCCCUGAACCAGCCACUCUGGCUGAACGUGAACUACCCACCUCCGCCAGCGUUCACCAAUCACUCCACCUUCCCACAGUAUCAGGGCCUGUACCCACAGCGGGCAGCCAGGAUGCCCUAUCAGCAGACCCUGCACCCCCAGCUGGGGUGUUACCCCCGACAGGUGACGCCGUACAACCCACUGCAGAUGGGACAGCAGAUUUUCCGCUCUUCCUACACCCCUCUGCUGAGCUACAUCCCCUUCGUCCAGCCCAACUAUCCGUACCCUCAGAGGACACCUCCGAAGCUGUCCACCAACCCCAGAGACCCUUCCCCCAUGGCAGGAGAUGGGCCGCAGUUCCUGUUCCCCCCGCCAUACGGGUUCGGCUCGUCGUCAGGUGGGCCCCUGCUGAACAGCCCCUAUUUCCCCUCCAGUGGGAAUGGCAUCAAUUUUUAG